AGAUCAUUCGUAACCUGCAUGACUGUAUCAGUGUAUCCCUCUCCCUCUUCCACCACGGAUCAAAAUUUUGAAACCAAAAAAUCAUCAUACCUAAAUUCUCGAUUAAGAAUUUCAUCGAAUCAAUUCUCCUUAGGGUUUGUUACGAUUUCAAUCUGCAAUGUUCGUUCAUAUAUUCCUCCUCAAUUCAUGACAUUCUCAAUCAUGCAUUAACGUUUUACGUCAACGAUCUUCUAUUCCUCAAUGGAAACAUUACAGGAUCUAAUCGAAGAAGCAAGGCUCCGUACAGUGUGGUGGACGGUUUGCAUAUUCAUCGUCACUUACUUCUUAACACACACGAGUAAAUCGAUGUGGAUGAAUAUUCCGAUAGCGAUUGUGAUAAUAUCAGUGGUUCAUAUUGUGAUUAGUGAAGUGGAUUUUCAUUGGAAGAUUAGGAGACCUAAUAGGCAAUCAUACUUGUCUCACCUAGAGAGAAAACAGAUGUCUGUGAAUGAUUCUCGGCUUUCGGCGUUGCCUCAACAGCCUAAAUGGAAACGGAAGAUUGAUUCGCCGGUAGUUGAGGCGGCUCUAGAGGAUUUUGUUAACAAACUUUUGCAAGAGUUUGUUUUAGAUUUGUGGUAUUCGGAUAUAACGCCGGAUAAGGAAGCACCGCAGCUGAUUCAUGCGAUUAUUAUGGAUAUUUUUGCUGAGGUUUCGAUACGGGUUAAGGAUAUAAACCUUGUUGACUUGCUAACCAGGGAUUUAGUUGAUUUAGUAGGGGAUCAUUUGGAGCUUUUUAGGAAAAAUCAAGCUGCAAUUGGGACGGAGGUUAUGGUGACGUUGUCUUCUGAAGAACGAGACGAAAGAUUAAAGCGUCAUCUAAUGGCUUCCAAAGAGCUUCAUCCAGCUUUGAUAUCUUCAGAGAGUGAGUACAAGUUUCUUAAACGGAUCAUGGGGGCGGUUUUGGCUGCGGUUCUUAGACCUCGUGAAGCACAAUGCCCGUUAGUUCGAUGCAUUGUGCGAGAGCUUUUAACUUGUUUGGUAAUGGAACCCGUGAUGAGAUUCGCAAGCCCCGGGCAUAUCAAUGAACUGAUUGAGGGUAUUCUUCUCGCCAACAAUAACAAAGAAGGAAAUGAGGCAGUUGACGAUCAGUCAACUAACGUCACGGGUCAAAACCAGAACCAGCAAAAAAGUCAAGAAUUGACUUCUACAAAAAGCGACUCUUCUAGCAGUCAAAAGAACAAUACACCCAAUGAUCAAAAUGGAACAGGUUUAAAUCCACCUGGGCCCAUGGUAAGUGGGCCGGUUCCAGAUGUACUGUUGAACACACGGUCCUCUGCUUGGGCCCGGGUUCGUGCGGAAAGAAGAAAAGAAGUCCUUCAGCCUGAAAAUCUUGAAAAUAUGUGGACCAAAGGGAAAAAUUACAAAAAGAAAACUCAAAAGCAAGUAGUACGUUCUGGAAUAAAUGAAUAUGAAUAUGAUCAACAACAAAAUCUUGAUGGUAGAAUUUUGAGUGGUGAAAGCAAGAUAUCAGAUCCUUCUGAUAUAAUUGAUGGAAAUACUUCUAGUGUACCAAAUUUGGAAAGUUCUAACAGUGUUUCUGAUCAAAAUCAAGUUGGUGGACCGAUAAUUUCGGAGUUUUAUAGUGCGAAUGUUGGUGUAGAUAAUGAUGUACAUAAUGUUAAUAAUGUUGGUUCUGAACAAGUAACACGUACUGAUGGUUAUGUUCCGAAGCUCAGGUGUCGGGUUCUCGGAGCGUACUUUGAAAAUCUUGACUCGAAAUCAUUUGCGGUUUAUUCCAUUGCAGUGACAGAUGCCGAUAACAAGACUUGGUUUGUAAAACGAAGAUACCGGAAUUUUGAGAGACUGCAUCGACAUCUUAAAGCCAUUCCCAAUUACACAUUACAUUUGCCUCCUAAAAGAAUUUUCUCAUCUAGCACAGAGGAUGCGUUUGUUCAUCAACGUUGUAUACAACUUGAUAAAUAUCUUCAAGAUCUUUUGUCUAUAGCCAAUAUUGCUGAGCAACAUGAAGUUUGGGACUUCUUAAGCAUGUCUUCAAGGAGUUACUCUUUUGGAAGGUCAUCAUCGGUGGUGAGAACCUUAGCAGUGAAUGUGGGCGAUGCUGUAGAUGAUACGGUACGCCAAUUCAAAGGGGUUUCCGGUGGUUUAAAGAAGAAAGCUGCGGGCCCGGGUUUACCUUCUGAAUCUUCUGCUUCAGUUGCUAACAGAAACGUGGCUAACAGUUCUUCUUAUAAGGAAGGAAGGCCCGCUGCACAAAGUAAUGAACGGAAUGGAAUUAGCUCAGAAGUUCGAUCUGAAUUACUCAGUGUUGCUGCGAAUUAUCCCUCAACUUCUGGUCUUAAAGAAGAUCCACUUGGUGUGCCAGCAGAGUGGGCCCCGCCGAAUGUAAGUUUACCCUUGCUAAAUUUGGUGGACAAAAUAUUUCAACUCAACAGAAGAGGCUGGUUAAGACGACAGGUGUUUUGGAUAUCAAAGCAAAUCUUGCAACUAAUGAUGGAAGAUGCUAUUGAUGACUGGCUCUUAAGGCAAAUUCGUUUUCUCAGAAGGGAUAGUCUUGUUGCUCAAGGAAUUUACUGGAUCCAAGAUGUUCUGUGGCCUGAAGGCACCUUUUUUCUGAAAUUAAGAGCAAAUCAAACAGAUUCUUCCCAGUCAAAUGAGAGUUCUUGCAAAACUCCAUCCGGCAGUAAAAAUAAUAAAGGGUCAUUUGAGGAGCAGCUAGAGGCUGCGCGUAGAGCUAGCGAUAUCAAAAAGAUGAUAUUAGAGGGAGCCCCGACUACAUUGGUCAGCCUGAUCGGACACAAACAAUACACGCGAAGUGCUAAAGACAUUUAUUAUUUUCUCCAGUCUGCUGUGUGUUUGAAGCAACUUGGGUACGGUUUGCUUGAACUUGUACUCAUAACGGUUUUUCCAGAGCUGCAAGACAUCGUAACAAAUAUGCACGAGAAGAAAAAUGAUCCGGCGGUUUAGAUAUGCCUCAUUUAGAUCACAAAGUUUUGAUGUUUAGAUUGACAAAGUGGUUAAAGUUGUUGAUUGGGUAUAUAAUUGGGGCAACAUUAUUUGUUGAUCAUAUUCCAAGUGUACACAAAAGUGUAGCAAGAAUCUGUAUAGAUGUAAGACAUGAUAUCACAUAAUCAUACUUGUACCACGUACACAUGUAUUUGUUUUGAUGGCCUAGGAACUAUUGGUUGUUCAAGUUA